AUGGACCUAUUCGCCGCCGCCUACGAGAACUUCGGUCUGGUCAUCAACACGCAAAAGACGGUGGUGAUGCACCAAACGCCACCCAACUCAGCCACAGCCCCCAACGCGCCGCACAUCAACGUGAAUGGGACCCAACUGGAAGUGGUGGAGAACUUCCCGUAUCUGGGCCGUACCCUCUCCCGCAACACCAAGAUUGAUGACGAAGUCGCCAACAGGAUCUCGAAAGCCAGUCAAGCCUUCGGACGCCUCCGAAGCACAGUCUGGAAUCGCCACGGUCUUCAACUGAGCACGAAGCUAAAGAUGUACAAGGCCGUCAUCCUGCCGACGUUACUGUACGGAGCAGAGACAUGGACGGUGUACACGCGGCAGGCACGCCGACUGAAUCACUUCCACCUCAGCUGUCUCCGUCGCAUCCUGAGGCUGAACUGGCAGGAUCAAAUCCCCGACACCGAUGUGCUGGAACGGACGGGAAUCCUGAGCAUCUACUCCAUGUUGAGACAAAUGCAGCUGCGCUGGAGCGGCCAUCUGGUGCGCAUGGACGACGAGCGACUACCCAAACGACUCUUCUACGGAGACGUCGCGACGGGUUCUCGUCGUCAAGGAGGCCAAAUUCGCCGUUACAAGGAUACUCUGAAGUCCUCCCUGAAGCGCCUGCAAAUCAACCCGACCAACUGGGAAGAGCUCGCUCGCGAUCGUCCGACAUGGAGGAGAACAGUGAAGACGGGCGCUGCUCUCUACGAAGCCAACCGCAUCGCCGCCGCCGCCAAAGUGAAACGCGAAGCCCGCAAAUCACAACUUCGCCCAGUCCGCAACGCCGCCGCACAACCUCCCCUACGUGUCCUCGAUGUCAACGGACAUUCCGGGCACGAAUCGGACUUGUUGGACAUCUUCGAAUCAACUGUGCCUCUCGAACUGCUCCAGCCAUCGUCCCCCCGCCCGCCUCUUCCUCGUCCUCUCUACCACCAACUAACUCUGAUAACUCUUCUGAACCACCACUUCCAUCCUCCUCCUUCUCCUCCACUGCCCCAGCGGUGGCCGUUCAGGCUGCCGUCUCACACAUCGCCAACCACGACACAACAACCGCAACCACCCCCACCCCUCCCGAUUCCAGUGAUGAGGAUCAGGACUACACCUGCCCUCACUGCGACCGCACCUUCACUUCACGCAUCGGUCUGGUCGGUCACAUGCGAAUCCAUCGCACAGAGACUGGCGAACCAGUGCCUGGAGCACCAACCUACACUCACCGCACUCGCCUCCACUGCCCACACUGCCCUCGCACCUUCCGGCAUCGCAUGGGUCUACUCGGUCACAUGCGCAUCCACGAGAGCGGAGUUGACCACAAUUCCGAUACAGCCACGACAUCCAAAACAUCCAACACGCCCAGACCCAUCCUCGCUCCACUGUCACACGCGCCGACCACCGCCAACACCACUGCUUCCUCUACAGCUGACACCGACACCGCCGACCUCUCAUGCCCACAUUGUCCACGCACCUUCACCUCACGCAUCGGCCUGGUCGGUCACUUGCGAAUCCAUCGCACAGAGACUGGCGAACCAGUGCCUGGAGCACCAACCUACACCCACCACACUCGCCUCCACUGCCCACACUGCCCUCGCACCUUCACGCAUCGCAUGGGUCUGUUCGGCCACAUGCGCAUCCACAACGACCUGCGGUAG